AUGGAAAGCGGUACUUCCUUGGAAACUAUACGCAACGGUCGCGUUUCUGCUUCAGAUCGAGCAUCCUCCUCAAGACCUUCGUUGGCUGUUGGGACCGAAUUCGAUCGGGGGAAGAAAGCAUGGGGUUCUACAAGUCGUAUAUGGGCAACUGGAAGGUCUCUCUACGAUGAUGAGCAGGUGACAAGACCAUCCCCGGCUCAGCAAGGCUCAUCUUCGGGCUUCGGACCCAGCCGCGCAGCGAUCGUCUCGAUGGGUUCUAAGCUAGACAAUGAAGAACCUGUGCAGUCUCGACUUCCCUGGAACUCAGCACCCACCAACAACGGCUACAGCUCUAGGCACCGAGCACAGCCGCUAUCACCCACGAGGGAGAGACUGCAGCAAGGACUCAGUUUCACACCCGACGAAAAUAAUGGAGAGUUGGAAGGGUCGAGUUUAUUCGAGGGAAGCGCUCCUGACGUGGAGGAUGAGCCUUUGUCGCGACGUCGACCCAGUCAGAAUCAGCGUGCGGUCACAGAGAGCGCUCGUUUCGUACAAUCCCCCACCAGGACGGUAUCUUUCAGCAGAGGCCCCUUCGAUAGCCAGCUCCAGAAUACCAAUGUCGCCAAUUACAAUAACGGCAUUUUUGCAUCACUGGACGAUAAUGACCGUUACCUAGAGCGCAGCUUAAAUGGAUCUUCGGCAAGUCCUGUCAAUGCUCAACCAUUUGCAAUGCCAAUCAGUUAUGGAGCUGGUCGCCCAUCAGAACAGCCAGCCCUCGCGCCUUCAAGAUAUGGGAAUAUCUCACCACGACAUGGACCCACGGGUCGUGCCUUUCUUAAUGCACACAUCGAACACCCCUACCCCGCGACUACUCGAGAACUUGAGCAAGCCCUGCAAUCUAUUCAAGCAAUGAAUCUCGGCAGAAUGCAGAAUGCCACGGAUGCACUACCUGGCCGCCGUUCAUCCCUAGGCGUUCCUCGACAUCAAUCUGAUGGUCAAGCUGCGAUGGCGCAAGCUCCGACACAGGUGUUGGAAGGUCUCAGUGGCGUUGAUCGACAACUCCACAUAGCCACAGGAAAUGCAUUUCUCGGAUCCAGGUUAAAUCCUCAGGCUGUCCCUCACUAUGGCGGGCUAUCGUAUACUGGUCGUGGUACUCUCUCGCCUCUGGCCAGCGAAUACCGAAGCAAUAGCCACAGUACAUAUAGCUCACAAAGGGGCACAUCUCCAACCGGACCACUAUCGAUGCGAAGCACGCCGGCUAGUGGCGUCUCCAGCCGCACGUCUGGUUACGACUACUCGUUGACGGAACGGAAACUUACUAGCAUCGACCAGUGUCCCUUCGAAGAGAGAUUGUUCCUCCCAGUCUCGAUGCAGCACCAACUCUGUAACGGGUACCACUACGAAUCGCACGGCUCCAUGCAGGCUAUGCGCAUGACGCCUCUUACAAACUCGUACAUAUUGCCUGGGCAUCCAGCCAUGCUCCAUUAUCCGCAGGCAACCCGCGUUCCUAGCCGAGACCUGGAGCAAAGCCAAACAGUGCGGAGCCCCUUGCUUGAGGAAUUCCGCCUAAACAGUAAAACCAAUAAGCGAUUCGAACUGAAGGACAUUUACAAUUAUGUGGUAGAGUUCAGUGGUGAUCAACACGGGUCCCGGUUUAUCCAACAGAAGCUGGAGACGGCCAACAGCGACGAGAAGGAGCAAAUCUUCAAGGAGAUCCAACCCAAUUUGCUCCAGUUGAUGACCGAUGUCUUUGGGAACUAUGUGAUCCAGAAGAUGUUCGAGCACGGCAAUCAAUCCCAGAAGAAAGUAUUGGCCAAUCAGAUGAAAGGCCAUGUACUGCAUUUAUCGCAGCAAAUGUAUGGAUGCCGGGUUGUCCAGAAGGCAUUCGAACAUGUCUUGACCGACCAACAAGCGAGCCUGGUGAAAGAACUCGAUGGGCCCAACCAUCAGGUUCUUGAAGUGGUUGAAAAUCAGAACGGAAACCAUGUCAUACAAAAGGCCAUUGAACGCAUCCCGGGCGAGCACAUCCAAUUCAUCGUUGAUGCUUUCAAAGGUCGGACUGCGAAGAUGUCGACUCAUCAGUACGGAUGUCGGGUUGUACAGCGCAUGCUGGAACAUUGCGAGCCAGAGGUGAAGAGGGUCAUUCUUGACGAGCUGCUUGAGCACAUCGUCCCGCUCAUCACCGACAAUUAUGGCAACUACGUUGUGCAGCAUAUCAUCCAGAAUGGGGAACCUCGGGAUCGGCGAUUCGCCAUAGACAUAGUACUUCGGUCAGUUUUGACGUUUUCAAAGCACAAAUACGCCAGCAACAUUGUGGAAAAGAGUAUCGAAUUCGCCGAUGAAGACCAGCGGCAGCAGAUUCUUCACAAAUUGACCGCGCCAGACGAGCAGGGGAUCACCCCAGUGCUGCAACUCAUGAAGGACCAAUAUGCUAAUUAUGUGCUGCAAAAAGUAUAUGACCGACUUCAAGGCGAGGCACUCGCAAAUCUCGUUGCAGACAUGAGGGAGAAUCUGGACAAGCUCCGUAAAACAAGCUACGGCAAGCAGGUUCUUGCCAUAGAGAAACUAAUUGGCCUUAACCAAGAUUCGUCGAGUGCCUCGUCGAGCAGCCGAAAUUCCGUACAGACGGCCACCAGCACCUCUACUUCCGCAGACGAAGACAAGGCCAAGACCCACCAAGGCCAGACCCGAUAA